AUGGAUGAUUUAGAAUCAAGAGCAAUAGAAAAUAUUCAUGAUUAUUUGAAGGAAUGUUUGGAAAAAAAUAUUUAUCAUAUAGAAGGAAAAGAAGAAAACAGUGAAAAUGAUAUGUCAUUGAUCUAUAUGUCUUUAAAGAAAUAUAUAUUAAGACUAAUCAAUAUUAAUAAUUUUAUAAAACAGGAAAACUAUUUUUUGAGAAAAAAAAAUGAAACAUUAAUUAAAGAAAGUAGUCAAAAAGAUAUAUUUAAAAUUGCUCAGAAUAAAAAGGGAAUACAUAAAAUGUAUAUGGAUAAAAUAAAUGAAUUGAAUAAUGAAAAUGAAUUUAUUAAAUAUAAGUUUCAAAAAAUGUUAAGGGAACAUAUUUCCUUAACAAGAGAUAAUACUCAUUUAAAAAACUCUUUAUUAGAUUGGCACAAUUACACUUUAAAUGACAAUUUCCAAAAUAAUAGAAUAUCAAAGAAAAAUGAUAACUCAGAUAAAAAAUGUAACAUCCUUGAACUUUACGAAAAUUAUAGCAAUAUAGAAGAUGAUAAUUUAAAUUACUUGAGAAAUAGGAAUUUAUUUUCUUUUGAACAAAAAUUUGAAAGAAUUUGUAAAUGUGCAAAUAUAUUGGAAGAUAUAUUAAAUGUUCUUAACAGUAGUAUCAAAUAUGAUGAAUCAACAAUAUUACAAAAAAAUGUGGAAAAUAUAAAAAUGGAAAAAGAGGAAUUAGUAAUGCAAAACUCAUUUUUAAAAGAAAAAGUUUUAGAAAUAGAAACUUUUAUUUUAAAUGAUCCUUUUUUAGUAGAAAAAUUUAAUAAUUUUUAUGAUUCAAAAAAUUUAAGUUCUGAUGAAUUAAUUAAAAACAACUUUAAAUUAUAUAAAAAUAACAAUAAGAAUAUGCUAUAUCUUGGUUUAUGCUCAUUAGAAAAAAAAAAUAUCAAUUUAAGAAAAGAGUUAUCAAAUGAAAAAAAAGAAAAGCAAAUAUAUAGGGAAUAUGUUCAAGAUUUGAGAGAUAAUCUAAAAAAAGAUUUAACAGAAUUAUUUAAACUAAAAAAUGAUGAAAAUAUAUGUUAUAAUAAUUUUACUGAAAUUUAUAAUACAAAUAUUUAUCCUAAUAAAAAUGAAAAUACAUUUUACAUGAAUUUGUAUGAUACUAAAACUGAAAAUAAUGACACUAAAAGUGACCAAAUAAAAAAUAUAUGGAAUUAUAAUAAUGAAUUAUAUAAUAUAUAUAAUUCAGAGUUUUUUAGUAUGUUUAAAAUGGCAGGAACAAAAAUUGAUUAUAAUCAGAAAAGACUAAAAUAUGCUUGGAGAAGAAUUAAAGAGUUAGAAGAGGAAAUUAGUGAUCUAAAAGAAAGAAAAAAGGAAAAUAAUUUGAAACAAUAUAAAAAGGACAGCUUGCUGGAAGAAUUAGAAGAUUACAUGAAAAAUGAAGUUUAUUACUUUAAAAUAAAAGAGUUAAUAUAUAAAAGAAAAAAAGAGUUGGGCGAAGUUUUAAAAAGAAACAUAGAAGAAAAAAAUAACAAAAUAAGUAAAUUUAGAGUUAUGAAUUAUGAAUUAGAUGGAAAAUAUAUGAACUAUAGAAGAUUAUUAAAUGAAUAUCUGAAAAAUAGAGAAAAUAUUCUAUCAAUAGACGACGAUAGUUCACAUAACAAAAAUAGUUAUUAUAAUUAUAUUAAUAAUAGAAUUAUUUAUCAGUAUAUGAAAUAUAAACGUAUGUAUGACUUUUAUAUGCAAAAUAAGAAAAUAUUAAAAAAAAAUAUAAUUAAAAAGGACAUUAAUAAUAUCUUAAAAACAUAUGCAUCAUAUAAUGAAAAUAUUGAUAAUUCACAUGAUAAUUUUAGUAUACUUCCUAAUGGAAUAAAUAAUAAAUCUAUGAAAUUGCUUCAAAAAAUAAUUGAAUCAAGAAAAGGUUUAAGAGAAUACAGUAACAAGCUAUCUAAAAUAAAAACAAAUGAAGAAAGCAAAAGUUAUUAUGUAAAUAAAAGAGAUGCUCAAUCUCAUAAUUAUAUCUUAGAUGGUGAUAAUGAAAGUCUUAUAUAUAAUUCUAAAGAUAAAAUCAUAAAAGAUAAUUAUAAUGAAAGAAAAAUGAAAAAAAAAAAUGAAAAAAAAAAGUAUCUAAAUUCAAGUGAUAUAUCAACAAGUAACAAUGAAGCAUACGAAAAAGUUUCUGAAAAGAAUAAUACUAGAAAAAUAGAAGUAUGUAAUAGGGAAUAUGCCAUUCCAAACGCAAAUGAAAGCAAUAAAUCAAGUUCAAAAAAUAUUGAUAAUGUACAUGAAAAUUCAGAAAAGUUUUAUUAUUCUGCAAAGUGUCCUAGAAGACAUGCUUCUUCACUGGAAGUUUUAAAAAAAAAUAUUAGAAAUCUAGUGAAAAAAAAAAAGGUGAAGAAUGAGAAAAGUAAAUAUGAAAAAAAACUAAUAGAUUCAAACUCGAGUAAGUCUUCAUUAAUAUAUAAAGCAAACGAAAAUUAUAGUAAUAUAACUUCUCUAGAAAAUUACAAUAAUAUCUCAAAUUUCCAAAAAAAAGGAAGUCAGAGUAACACAAAAUAUAAUAUACAAAAUAAGGAAUAUAAAGAACAAAAAGAGAAUGAAAUAAAAUUAAUGAAGAAGAAAGAAGAAAUUAAAAAAAGUAAAAAUAUUGUAGAUAAUAAUAAUAUUAAAUAUAAAGAAUUUUUAGAUGAUACAUAUGAAACUAAAAAGGAAAAAAUUAAAAAUGAUUUAGAUUUUACAUGUGAAGUUAAGAAAAAGGAUGAUAUUAGAAGUAAAAACAAAUUAGAUGCUAUAAAUAAAAUUGAAAAAAAAGAAAAUAUAAAAAAGAAAAGUGAAUUAAAUGCUAUAGAGGAAAUUAAAAAAAAAGAAAAUAUCACAAAUAAAGAUAGUUCAGAUGUUAUGGAUGAAAUUAAAAAAAAAAAGGAAAAUAUUAAAAAUGAAAACAAAUCAGAUGCUAAAAGUGAGAUUAAAAAAAAUAAAAAUAUUAAAAAUAAAGAUAGUUCAGAUGUUAUAGAUAAAAUUAAAAAAAAGGAAAAUAUUAAAAAUGAAAGCAAAUUAGAUGCUAAAGAUGAAAUUAAAAAAAAUAAAAAUAUUAAAAAUAAAGAUAAUUCAGAUGCUAUGGAUGAAAUUAAAAAGAUAGAUAGAGUUAAACAUGAUAAUGAAGAAAAAAAAAGUAAUGAGAAUCAUGUAAACAUAAAUAGUAAUUCAAAUAUUAUCAGUAAUAAUUCAUUUGAAAUAAAAGGUAAUAAAGAAGAUUACUCAGAUAAAAAAGAAAAUUUUGGUAUUAAUGACUUUAUCGAAUCAGAAAAUGAAUCUUCUGUAUUAGAUUUUUUUGAUAAUAAGAAAUAUUCUAAUGUAAAACUUGAAUUAUUUAGAGAAAUCCUUUAUAAGCAUGAUAAAAAUAUUUACAACUUUUUUAUGAAUUUAAUUACUUUUAGUAAAAUUGAUGUAAUUAAAACAUACAAAAAAAAAAUAUUUAAUGUACAGAUUAAUUCAAGUGAUAUGCUACAGUACGUUUUAAGUAGUUAUGAUGGAUCUAAUAAGUAUACUAAAGAAAAAAAAAAAAAUUCUGAUUUUAAGAAUUUAAAUGAAAAGGAAUAUAAACUUGUUAUUGAUUACAUAUGUAAUAAUAAUAGUACAUCUUCAUUAAAAACACUAUAUCAUAAAAUUAGUUUUAUAACAAAUGAAAAUUAUGAUCAAUUUAAAAAUAGAUUAUUAGAAUGUGGUGUAAUUAACUUAAUUAACCUACUUCAUGAUGAAGAUAUAAAUAAAUAUGAUAAAAUAUUUGAUGUCUCUUUUGUUAAUUUUUGUGAUAUAUUUGGAAUAUCUAAGGAAUCUUGCACAUAUCAUUUUAAUUGCAUUGAUAAUGGAUAUAGAAAAAAAGGAUAUAUUUACUUAAAGCAUUUACUUAAUUACUUAAAAGUGGAAAAAGAGAUUAAAGAGGAAUAUCAUAAAUACAAUUUUAUUUCGAUGCACAAAAAGAAUUUAAUGUAUAUAAAUAUUAAUGAAAAUUUCGAUAAUUUACAUGAAUUUUUUAAAGCUAUAACAAAAAAAAAUAAAAAUUUUGUUAGUUUGAAUGAAUUAAUAUAUUUUUUUUCUGAAGACGAAAGACUAAAAAAAUAUAAUUUUCCUAAUGAUGAUGUAGUAGGCUUAUAUUAUUCUAUAAUUUUUUAUGUAUAUUAUACUAACAAAAAAAAAAUUUUACAAACUGUAAAUAACUUAAAAGAGUGUGGAAAGAGCAUUAAGAAUAAUACUGAAAAUGGUGAUAUACAGGGAGAAAAUAAAAAUAAAAUAAUAAAUCCUUAUGCAAAAGUUAAAAAUGAAAAUCACAAAAGGGAUAUUACCUUAGAUGAUGGUUAUAAUUAUGUGAAUUAUGACUUGUCAUUAUGUAUGGAGUAUUUCAGUUUAUAUGAUUUUAACUUUGUUGUUGAGUUGAAGGAUUUAUAUUUUUAUUUUGAAGGAUGCGAGUGCCCCUUUUCUAAAAUUAAAAGAAGAAUUAUAGAAAUAUAUGGUUCAUUGAAGAAAGGAUUAUUAAUAAAUAAAGAAAUUGUUAAUUAUAAUAAUGAAACAAAUAGUUCUAAUAGUGAGGGAAUACAGAGUGAAGACGAUUUAGACUCUGACAUUUUUUUUAUGAAAGAUAAAUAUAGAUAUAUUCAUUCGGAUAAAAUUUCUUUCUAUGAAAAAAAAACAUCUUAUAAGGAAGAAGAUAUAGAACUAAAUAAAAUAAAUAAUAGGAUUUUUAUGUGUUUAAUGUAUAAUAUAGGAAUCCAUAUAGAUCAUUGUCAGAGUUUGUGGGAUAAUUUUGUGCCAUUUUUAGAAGGUGAUAUGUUAGAUUAUAAAAUAUUUACUAGUUUUUUAAAUGGAAAAAUUAACAUAUCUGGUAAUGAAACAGAAGAGGUUAUAAGAAAUAUAAAAGAAAGUAUAAUGGAAAAUAAUGAAAUAGGCACAGAGGAUGCUGGAAGAAAUACAAAUAGGUUAAAAGGAACAAUAUGCUCUCGAAAUUUCAAUAAUUUAAAGGAAAUAAAAUUUACAGCUAAUUUAACUGCUGAUGAAAUAGAGGUAGUUGCUCAAGUUUUGAAUAAUGUUAGCCCAUUUAAUUAUUUAGAUAAAAAUGAAAAAAAAGAAUUCAUAAAAAAAUUGAAUAAAAAAUUUUACAAAAAAUCUUAUGAUCUAAAAUUAUUAUACGAACAAAUUUUUAAUAAUAAUGAAGAGGCAAAGACAGAGAACAACAAAUUACCAGAAGAAAGUUAUCUCAAUAAUAAAAUAAUCAUUCUAAUAAAUGGGAUUUUAAGACAUAAAAAAGAAGCAAAUACUUUUAUAAAUAGUGUUAAUAUAAUCAAUAAAGAUAAUAUAUAUAAUUAUAUAGCACAUACUAAUAUUGCUAUAAUAGAAAUUGACAAUAUUUCAUAUACUAGUGAAUUUAACAAAUUAAUAAGACAAAAAAUUCUAAAUUCUCAAGAAUUCAUGAAAGUUGUUGAUAAUAUACCAAUUUUAAAAAAUCUUCCUUAUGAAAAAAAGUGUAGUUUAUCUAUGAAUAUCAAAAGAAAUGAAUUUGAAAAAAAUAGAGUAAUAAUAAGACAACAUGAUGAUGGUAUUCAUUUUUAUAUAUUAAAGGAAGGUACAAUAAAUAUUUAUUUUAAUAAUAGAGAUAAACCUAUUAACACGAUAUCACGAAAUAAUUUUUUUGGUGAAAUAGCUUUAAUAUUUAAUACUUUAAGAACAUGUGAUGUAAUUGUAGAAUCAGAAACUGCUAUUUGUUAUAUUAUUUCUAGGGAAUAUUUUUUAUCUAUAUUGAACAAAGAUGUAGUAAAUGAAUUCAUAGAGUAUAUUCGUUCUAAUUAUAAAUCUGAUGUUGAAAAAAUAAUUACAAAUUCCACAUAUAAUUAUGAAAAAAAUUCAAAUAUUAAAUUAAAAUUAAGUAAAAAUAAAAACAAAAAUGAGAAAGAAUCAAAAAAUAAAUCAACAAAGAAUUCAGUAAAAGAUGGAAAUGAUAAUAAAAAUGAAAAAGACAGCAUCAGAAACAUUAAUGAUAGCUCUGGUAUAGGAACCUCAAGCAUAAAAAAAAAAAUGAAAUCAAAUGCUUUUAAUACUAUAUAUUCAAAAGAUGGAAACAUAUCAAAAAGUUUGAACAAUUUAAUAGAUGCAAAUAAUCAAAGUUUUAUUAAUUCUUUAGAAAGUAAAAAUGGGUGUUCAGUUAACAGUGUAAAUAAUAGGAUUUCAUCAAAUAGCUUAUCGGCUGACAAUGUUUCAUUAGAUCUAGAUUAUAUUAAUAAAAAACAUUUACAAUCAUUUUACAGCGAUUUGGAUAAAAUUCUCUUAAAUAUUUAUAACACCGAACAAAAAUAUUUUACUGAAGAAAUGGAAAAAAAUUUAAUGAAAGUAAAAAUAUUUAAAAAAAUAUUGAAUAAAAUGGAAGAUAAAGAAAAAUUUUUAAGGAAUUUAAAAUAUGAAAAACAUCCCAAAGGAAAGAACAUAAUGCUAGAAGGAGAUUAUUUUGAAAAAUUUUAUUUUGUUAAAAAAGGAGAAAUAUCAAUACAAGAAUUUAAUCAAUACAAAAAUAAUUAUGAGGAAAUAUCUAUUUUUAAAGAAAAUGAAUAUUUUGGUCAUAAAUUUAUUUUAAAUAAGACUAAAUCAUUUUUUAUUGCAGUGACAACAACUUAUACUGAAUUAUAUACACUAGAAGCUUCACUCUAUAAAGAAUUUCUAUCUCCUUUUAGUGAUAUCCUUAACAAAAAAAAAGAUGUUAUAAAAAUAGAUGCUUUAUCAGAAACAAUAAACAAGGAAGUACAAAUGAAAGAAAAAGAUAAAAAUUAUGUUUUAAACGUAUUCAAAUUUUUAAAAAAAGUAAAAAUUAUUCAAAAUUUAGAUGAUGAUACUUUAUAUGAGGCAUCUAAAAACUUUACUUUUAAAUUUUUUAAAAAAGGACAAGUAAUUAUAAAAUAUAAUGAUGAACCUGAUUUCUUUUAUGCUAUCAGAAAAGGUAUUGUUUCUGUAAAGUUAGAAGACAAAGAAGAAAAUAUGAAAAAUAAUAAUUUAGAUAAUAAAAAUAAGGAAGAUCAGAAAAAAUUAAAUGAAAUGAAAAAAAAAAAAUUUGCAUAUUUAUAUAAAUAUGAUUAUUUUGGGGAAUUAUCAAUUUUAAAUGAACAGUUAAGAACAGCUAGAUGUGAAGCACAUACAAAUUGCUUUUUAUUAGCAAUAGAUAAAAUAUCUUUUAUUAAUAAUUUUAAUACUAUAUUUAACGAUUUUUUACAAGAAGCUGAACAAAGAUAUACUAGAAAUUACUCUUUACCUCCAUGGUUAAAAGCUAUGUAUGGUUGUGAGUUUGAUAAAAACAGUGCUUCAUUAUCUAUGAAAAUACCAGAUUCAGGUAGUUCAUUCAGUAGUAUUUCAAAUGAUAGUAGUGAUGCAUUUAGUUUCGAAAAAGAAAUAAAUGAGCAAUUGAAAAAUGAGAAAGAAAAAAAAAAAAGUUCAGGUAUUUUAAAAACGAGUAAAACAAAUGAAUUUAAUAAUUCUAAAAGUAUUUUAAGCGGAAGUAGCAUAAGCAGUAUAGAUAACGAUAAAGAAAUGAAUAAAAUAAAAGAAGAGAAAGAAAAAAAAAUAAAUGAAAUUAAGUUAAAGGAAAUAAAAAUAAUGGAAAAAAUAAAAUUGAAAGAAGAAAAAAAAAUUAAAGAAACUUAUAUGAAAAAAAAAGGAGUAAGCAAAAUAAUAUAUAAUAGGGAAAACAAUAAAGAUAUAUCCGAUUAUAGAAGUAACAACAGUCAAACAAGUCAUAAUAUAGUGAAUCAGUCAUAUUACAAUGAAAAAGAAAUUAGUAUUGAAGAUGACAAUGAUAAAGAAAAGUUAAAUGAUAAAGAAGAAAGUAACAAAAGCAAAAGUUCUGAAUAUAUAGAAGGAAAAUACAAAAAUAUAAUAUAUAAAGACUCUAAUAAGAAAAGGGAAAAAGAAAGCGAACAUACUGAUAACUAUGCAGAUAUUCGUCCUAAAAAAUCUUUAAGUAUUUUAAAGAAAAAAGUAAGUUCUGUCCAUUCAUCUGAAUUAAAUAUAGGAGCAUUGAUAGAAAAAUUAGUUGAUUUUAUAAAUUCAGAAUAUAAUUCAAUUUUUCAUUUUUAUGAAAGUAUAGAUAAAUUUAAUAUUGGAUAUAUAAAAUACAACGACUUUUUGGAUUACAUCGUUAAUUUAAAUAUAGAAGAUCGAUUUGAAUCAGGAGAAAAUUUAGAAAAAUUAUUCAAAUAUUUAUGUGCAGAUAAACAUAUUUUGACAUUAAUAGAUUUUUAUAAAAAUAUUUAUAAAGAUGAAAAGGUAGAUAAAUAUGAAUUAAACUUAAGAUUAACGGAGGUUUAUGGUAGCAGUACUUCAGCAUUUAAAAAUGUAGCUCUCUUAAAUGAUGAGAACUGUUCAUGUAGUUACACAAGUUUUGAAAUAGUCUGUGAAAAGGUUGGUUUGAAUAGUGCAAACAUAAAAGACAUAUGGGAUGAAAUUAAUAUAAUGAAUGAGGAAACGGUUCCUCUUGGAAUUAUCCUUAGUAUAUUAAAUGGUGAACUAUUUAUCGAAGAAUCUUAUAAAGCAUAUAAUGAUAAAAAAUCAAUUUUGAAUCAAUUUGUUAAUUUUUUCCAAGGAAAUGAAGAUCUCUCUAGAAUGAAUACAAACUUAAUGGAAACGAACUUUGAGAUAACAUAUGAAGAGCCAAUUAUAAUUAACAAAGGACAUCAUAAAUUAUAUUCAAAUGAAUGUUCACAUAUUGUCAAACUACUAGAGAAUAAUAUAUAUUUUAAAUAUUUAACACUAGAACAAAGAAAAUUUUUUACAACUCUGAUGAAUAGAUCAACUAUGAAUUGUAAUGAUAUUUUAAUAAAGCAGAAUGAUACAGAGGCUCCUAUAAUAUUUUUAUAUAAAGGAAAGGCUAAUAUAAUUACUUUUAAUAUUUUUGGUAUAGAAUCAGUAGUAAGAGAACUUGAAAAUAAUGAAUUAUAUGGGUGUGAUGAAGUUAUUAGUGGGUCACCAUCAGGAUAUGAAGUAAAAAUAAAUUCCGAUAUUGCUAUUGUGUGGAUAUUAGAUAGAUCAUCCUAUAAUGAAAAUUUAAAGUUUAUGUUAGAAGAAAGGAAAAAAAACUGCUUUUAUAUUUUGCCGGUACUUAGAAAUGUACCAAUAUUAAGAUAUCUUCCUCAAGAAGAACUUGAAAAUAUUUCAUAUGCAAUGAAAGUAGAAUUUUAUCAACCUAAUCAUACUAUAAUAAAAGCAAAUACAUAUGAUGACAAAUAUUAUAUAAUAUGCAAAGGCUUAGCUACUGUAGAGAAAAAUUCAGAUAGUAACAGGGAUAAACUUAUUUUAUCUACCCUAAAAAAGGCAGAUUAUUUUGGAGAAUUAGCACUAAUAAAAAAUAGUAAAAGAUCGGCUAAUGUUGUUUUAGAUACUGAAACUAUACUAUUAUCAGUUGGUGAUUCAGAGUUUGAAAGGUUAUUCAAUCCUUAUUUUGAAAAAUUUCUAAAUAGAGCCAAAGCAAAUUAUAAAAGAAUGGAAAUAAAAAACUUAAAUGUAACAUCAGACAUGACAGAUGGCAACAGUAAUACAUAUAUUAGCUCAUUAAGUUCUUAUAAAUCAAGAAAUAGAAAUGUUACUAUACAGGAUAAUGAUAAUAUAGAAAAGACUAUAGAUAGUUCUCCAAAAAAUAUCAAAGGAAGUAUAAGCUUUUCAUUUGAUCAAACAAGCAAUACUGAAGAAAAAGAAAAUAAUAAACAAGUAAAAGAAGUUAAAAAAAAAGAGAAGGAUAUGGAAAAAGAAAUAGAAAAGGAUAAAGAAAAGGAAAAAGAGAAGAAUAAAGAAAAAGAGAAGAAUAAAGAAAAAGAGAAAAAUAAAGAAAAAGAUAAAAAAAAAGAUAAGGAUAAAAAAAAAGAAAAAGAGAAGAAUAAAGAAAAAGAAAAAGAAAAAGAAAAAGAUAAAAAAAAAGAUAAAGAUAAAAAAAAAGAUAAGGAUAAAGAAAAGGAUAAAUACAGAAAAAAGGAAAUAAAAUAA